AUGGCGCAGAUCAUGAAACGCGGAUUCUCAACGAGCGCUGCGCUCGCCAAGGCUCAACUUGUGAAGACGCCAAUCCAAGUUCAUGGAGUUGAAGGACGCUACGCCGCCGCUCUUUAUUCCGCCGGACACAAGCAAAACAAGCUUGACCAAAUUUCCUCGGAUCUUAACAACGUCCGUGCUGUCUACAAGGACAAUAAGAAGUUCCAGGAGUUCGUUCUCGAUCCAACACUCAAGGCCCUCAAGAAGAAAACAGCUAUCGAGGCCGUUUCCACGAAGUUGGGACUUUCCAAAGAAACUGGAAACUUCCUCGGACUUCUGGCCGAGAACGGACGUCUUAACAAGCUUGAGUCUGUUGUUUCUUCUUUCGAAUCCAUCAUGCGCGCUCACCGCGGAGAGCUUUUUGUUCAGGUUACAUCUGCUGAAGAAUUGAGCUCUUCCAACCAGAAGGCUCUGUCAGAUGCCCUCAGUAAGAUCGGAAAGUCUGGACAAAAGCUGACUGUUACAUACGCUGUCAAGCCAUCGAUUCUUGGAGGACUGGUUGUCACCAUCGGGGACAAAUACGUCGAUCUCUCCAUUGCUUCCCGCGUCAAGAAAUACAAGGAUGCUCUCGCCACCGCCAUCUAA